CUGACUACAAAAAAGCGGCACGGAUCAGCUGUCGCCAUAAACACAACAUCCCGCCCUCGUCGCCAUGCGCAUCUAACUCUAAACCACGUCUGGUUUAGUGGUGACCCUUGCAUCAGCUGGAAACACCAACACCUUCCAAGCCUGGCCCUAUGACCCCCGAGGUUCCAUUGUGACGCUUCUCCCAACAUUUCCGCUCGUGCAGUGAUAAGGAGGAGGAAAAUAUCUUGAAGAAAAGCUGUAUUCAAUAACUGUAUGCCUGUCAAAAAGAAAAUUUUAACUGUUAGUAGCAUUAUAUUGUCGUUGUAAUAUUAAUCAAUAAUUUAUAUUUGAAAGGUAAAAAAAAAAUUGUCCGAACUGGUAAAAAUAUAUGGGUGCAAAGUGACUUAAUUCAUCCAAAAAGAGGCAUUGGGUGUAAGGAAGCAUGCUCAACGACUGCUGGAAUCGAACCUGGAGCCAAUCCGGUUACAAUGAACUAUAUAAUCAGUUACCCGCUAUGCCAUGAGACGCCAGCAGCUAGCAGAUCUUGGAGUAUCCUUGUGUGCUCUUGAGAUGUGAUAGUCGUCUGGCUCUUACUUCAUCCAUGACAUUAUUGUCUUGCACACACUAGGCCUACACUGUGUGUGGUGUGAUCGGCUGGCUCCUUCCCUGCCGUGGGUCACCAGGUGUCAUCAAGUGAUUUACUUUUGCCAGUUGGCUUUGUUAUUUUUAGCGAUAUUGGUUUCCACUCUGGAAGCUGGUCUGGCAAGCGACACAGCAGAGUUCCAUCUUCGUCUUUAACUCAACAAGAAGUUCUCACAUUAAGUCGGCUCCAAGAAACUGCAUUCAAGCCUUGCCCAACCAUCAAUUGUGAUGUGCCAUUGUUACAUUUCUCCCAACAAUACCACUCGUGCUGUCUCUGGGAGGAGACCACUUCCAUGCAACUUGUAUAUACCUUAAAGAAUAUUUCUCAGCUCAAGGAGCAUAAUGCCACGUAAAUGUGUGGUGUGUGGAGCGUCACACAGCGUCAACCUUUCGGUGUUUGCCUUUCCCAAGUCACACUACCAACGCAGUGCCUGGGUGACUGCUAUUCAGCAGAUUUUUCCUGCAUUCUGUGAUCCACAGACUGAUGGCCAUGUAGCUGGUGCCCGAAAUGGCGUAUGUGUACGGCAUUUCCAUCCUGAAGAUGUUAAAAAGGGAAAGACAUCAAGCCUUCAUCGGAAAGCUGUUCCGCUACUAGUUACUAACCUCGGUAAUGAUGAAGGUGUUGCUCGAGACAAGAGUAACCUUUCACUAUCAUUAUCUGUACAUGAAAGUGACAAGAGAAAAGAAAGUUUCAUAAUGAGUGAAAACAUUUUCAAGGGUACUGCUCUAAAUCAUAUGUCUGCUAAUAGCAAGAAAGAAAAUAACUGGCAUGGAGACCAGUCAAAAGCUGAAAAUUGUCUGGGUAUUAAUAUCAAUGAUUAUCUUCCAAAUGAAAAUUCUUAUGUGGACUCGAACAAGAGCAGCAUUAAUGAUAAUGUAUUUGCAUUCAACAACAUGGAAAGUUCAGGAAAAGAUAUUUGUCUUGUUUGUGGAAAAGAUGAUAACAAUUUUAGCUUAAUAUGUAUUUUAAGUGCCCAUGAUUAUUCUGGUAACAUUCCAAUGAGUUUGUUGUUGGCAAAAAUUGUGGGUAGGGCAAAACAAGAGACACUGUGUGUGAGUAUGAAGAUUUGCUCCAGGUGUGAGAAUCUUGUCCAAGAAAUAGCACAAAUUGAAGAUGAUCUCAAAUUUAAAAAGCAAGUUAUAAAAAAAAUGUUUGAGUCAACUCUCCAAGAGCACAAGGUGAAAUCUAAUGUGGUGGUAUCCACUCCUAAAACCUCUGAUGUAUAUUCAGAGGAUGUAAAUUGCAACGAAAGUUUAAUAGCAGACUCGUGUCACAUUGAUGAUGUGAAUUGUUCAGAAAAGGUUCGAAAAAGUUCGAGAAGGCAAGCAUCCUUCAAAAAAUAUCAUUGUCCUCAGUGUAAAGAGGUUUAUUCUAGUCUUGCAUUAUGGGUUCACCAUUUAUCAAAACAUUCUGACAUCGAAGAUUUAUCAAUGAAAAAUAAACCCAAACAAGUGACAUCCAGAAUGAAGAAGCAUAAAAUGGGUAUUCAUAUUUGUGAGGAAUGUGGCAAGACAUUCUUUUGUAAACAAACCCUUCUAGCCCAUGCAUCUGCUCACCAGAAAGGUUGUGAGUGCUCUGUAUGCGGUCGGUAUCUAACCACUAAGGCCAGGCUCAAAGUUCAUCUCUUUAAAUUUCAUGGAAUAGGAGAAGAAAAGCAUAAAGAGGUUGCAUGUCAAGACUGUGGAAAGUGCUUCGGUACCAAAGCUGGACUGCGUUAUCAUCGUAACGUUGUGCAUCAUGUAGGCACCAAGUAUGUAUGUGAGCACUGUAAUAAAGUGUUUUAUUAUCAUGUACCAUAUAGAAGUCACCUGUUAUAUGCUCAUGGGGAAAAAAAGAUAGUAUGCGAAACUUGUGGGGAGAAAUUUUUUACAAUAUCCAAAUUGAACACCCACAUUAAUGCUGUUCACAGAAGUGCCCAGUCGUGGACAUGCGAUGAGUGUGACUCAAAAUUCACAACUUACACAGCAUACCGCCAUCAUGUAAAUGUGAAACAUCUAAAAGUGCAAUACACUUGUGAUUAUUGCAGUGCACAAUUCCGAAAAAAAUCAUCACUGAUGCUCCAUUUCUGGAAACAUUCUGUUUAUAUUUGUCAACUUUGUAGGGAGAAUUUCUCUAAUAACAACGAAUUACGAAGUCACAUGUCUCUUAUUCAUGGUAAGAAUGUUAACUGGAAGAGCAAGAAAAAGCAAAAUGCACAAUUGCUAGAGAAGAAACUUGUUGAGGAAGUAGAUGAUCUGCAGAAAAACCGUGAAUCAGAUGAACAUAUUCAGCAAAAUGAACAUGUAACAUCCAUUGUAAUAAAUGAUCUCCUUAUGACUGCAGAAUCUUACGAUAACAGUAGUCUUCAGCCCUUUUCUCUGUCGUGUGAAAAGCUACCCGAGAAACAUACAUAUGCAAAUGAUGAAGAUAUGAAGGUUAAAACUCUAAGCAUUAUUGAUGCUGCCUCACAAGACCUCAGAGGUGUUGAUCCAGUACAGUUUGAUACAGUGGAAACUUUGGAGGUAAAGUCCUCCCAUGAUCACAUUGAAAUGACACCAGGAGUGUCUCUCAUCAAUGUGCAGAUUCUUGGAGACAUGGAAAUUUCACAGAGUGAUACACUGGGAGACUUGAAGAGUACUAUGUUAACAGAUGCUGCAGACCACCUGGCCCAUGAUGAUCAGCUUCAUAAUGAGGAAAAUAUGCCCAGCCACUUGGCAGUUGAAACUCACCUUUCAGGAGAACAUCUUCAAGUUGGAGGCGGCUUGGAAUCUGCAAAUCACACAUUAGAAACUGCAAACGAAUUGCAAACUACAUGUCAUUUAAAUGCUGCAGAACAUUUAGAAUCAUCUUGUCACUUAGAGGGUACAGACCACCUAGAUGCAAGGAGCCAUAUUAGUCCUGAAAGUCGUAUAGAAGUACCCAGCCAACUUGAAUCUCAUCACAGCCUUGAAACAGGAAACCAUUUGGAGGUUGCAGGACAUAUUGACACAACAAACCACAUGGAUGUCACUAGUCAUAUUACUGAUUCCAACCAUCUUAAUUCUAAUACAAGUAUGGGUGUUACAAGCGAUCUUGACAUCUCGGAUCAUUUACAACCAGCAGAGCAUCUCCAUAUUCCAACUAAUAUCAAUGACCCAGUACAUUUAAAUUCUUCAAGUCAUUUGGAGCCUACUGAUCAGUGCUCUCUCCCAUCAAUGAUAAGUCAGAUAGAGGAAGAAGUUGAUGAACAGAUGGUAGACCCGGUGGAUACUCCUAUGGUAACAGAAAUAGAUCCAGAAAUAUGUGAUAUGACAAGUGAAGUGAACACUCCAAUCAGUGAGUGUGCAGGCACACACUUGAGUCAGGAAAUUAGUCAGCAUAUGCCUAAAGGAACAGAAAUUGAGAUGGCAGAUCAGAGUUUAGACAAACAAAUUGAAAAAAUAGAUGAUGUGGAACUAGAACCAUUUUCUGUUACUCUAGAUGGAAAAGGAGAUGUUCAAUAUCAGUAUGUGAUGUAUAUAUCUGCUCCUGGGGAAGAUGAUAAUCGUAGUUGAAGGUGGUCUAUAUUUUUUUAAUUUAAUAAUCGCAUAGCUUAUUCAAAGUGGAAUACAUCUUUAGACAUCAAGGGUUAUGCUUAUUCUUAAUCCCUUGUACAUUUACGACAUGCUUUGCAUUUUCUUAAUUUUAUCUUUUACCAGAUUCAUAUGGAGAGAAAGAUGGAUAGCUGUUACAAAUAUCAAAUUACAUACUAUCAAAUAUGA